AUGAACAAUCCCACUUCAGCAGACCCCACCCCACACACCUCAAGAAGAAAUCAAACAACAGCCAACACAGCAAAAUCAUUCCCACUCUUCAACUUCCUCCCCGCCGAACUCCGCCACCAAAUUUGGCAAUUCGCCCUCCCCGAACCCACACACCCUAUUUCAGCCUUACUCCCCCACAGAAAAGGUUGCUGGGUGACCAAAUCCAUCCCCUACACAGGAGAGGCAGGCCAAGUCAACGACCCCAAUGGCAACUACGAGAUAGUAUUCGACAUGAGCCUUCUGGACCACGUACAGAUUUAUACUCCUUUACUGCACGUGAACAGCGAAUCGCGAGCCAUUGCGCAGAAAUGGGCGCAGCGUAUAUCAGCUCCACGGACGAACCGCCUUAACGAACAACAACAAAUUCAGGCUCAAAUGUGCCAGGAUGGUCAUAGUAGCGAAUAUAUACCCCCCUUCUCCCGCCCAUUCGAUAUCGACAGCGACUGGCUCUACCUCGUUCCCGACAACAUUGUGGAUUUGAUCCUCGGGGCAGGAGACCGUCUGGAACAGCCCGAUAUGAACGGCAAGGCGGCGAGGGUGGUGUUUUCGUUGCCGUUGGUGGUUGUGAGUGAGGAGGUUAUCUGGCUUGAGGAUGAGGCGCUUGUGGAGGAAAUUAUGGAGCUGUUUUCGAUCAUGGGACCGGUUUAUAUUGUAGUGGGGGAGCAGCCGAAGUGGAAGGAGGGCGGGGUGCAGAGAUGGUGGGAUGUGGAGUUAGUGUCGAGGAGGGCGUUUGUUUGGCAGUGGAUGGAGAGUCGGUUUGUGGAAACGGUCGAAGAGAGGUUUGGGAGUGAUGAGGUGCAUGAGAGGAUUGCGCAAUGGUGUGAGUGGAUGGGGAGGGUGUUGACGAAGAUUAAUAGAACGAGAUUUGAGAUGGGGGUGGUGAGGGCUAUUAGGAGGUGA